CCACCUCCCACCAGAAGGUGGGGGUAAUGCGCCUGAUUGUUGUAGUCAACUGAAGAUGAAGAAAAAGAACUACAGCCCCCAGAGGGCACUGCGGCCCGCAGACUGUAAACACACAUGAAGGACGGAGAGAGCAGAGAGAAGCAUGAUCGUGUUUGUGCGCUUUAACCUGGGCCCUGGCGUCCCGGUGGAGCUGCAGGAGGAGGCGAGCGUGGCUCAGCUGAAGGAGGUGGUGGGAAGUCAGCAGGGGGUGCGGCCGGAGCGCCUCAGGGUGCUGUUUGCGGGCCGGGAGCUGCAGAGCACCGCCACACUGCAGGGCAGCGACCUCCCGGAGCAGAGCACCGUCCACGUUGUCCUCCCUCCUUCAGGCGCCUCCUCCUUUCAGCAGCUCAUGCAGGAGCACCGAGCUGAGGGCUCUUUGACCAGGCUGGACCUCAGCUCCUCGCGACUCCCUGCCAGCAGUGAGGGAGGAGGGGGCGGAGCAGAGGGGGAGAGCCUGGAGGAGGUGCAGGCUGUAGCUCACAGCAGUGUGCGUGCCUGUAGUACCUUCUUUGUGUUCUGUAAGAGCUGCUGCUCCAUCGAGCCAGGAAAACUGCGAGCGCGCUGCCAAUCCUGCAAACAGACGACGCUGACUCUCAGCAGGGGUCCGUCCUGCUGGGACGACGUGCUCCUCCCCGGUCGCAUCCAUGGCAUCUGUCAAUCAGAGGGUUGUCAGGGCAACGAAGCGGAGUUUUACAUGAAGUGUGCGUCUCACCCGACGUCAGAUGAUGACUUUUCUGUGGCCCUCGACCUCAUCAUGACCAACACCAGAGGCGUGCCCUGCAUCGCCUGCACCGAUGUCAUGGGUGUGGUCCUGGUCUUCCAGUGCUUGGAGCGUCAUGUGAUCUGUCUCGACUGUUUCCAGCGUUAUUGCCAGACCCGCCUGAAUGACCGGCAGUUUGUGUACCAUCCUGUGAUUGGCUACUCGCUGCCGUGUGCAGUCGGCUGCGACGACUCUCUGAUUAAAGAAGUUCAUCAUUUCAGGAUCCUGGGAGACGAGCAGUAUGGGCGCUACCUGCAGUACGGCGCCGAGGAGUGUCUGCUCAUCACUGGAGGAAUGAUGUGUCCAUCACCUGGCUGUGGGGCGGGGCUUGUCCCACCUGAUGGCAGCAGGAAGGUGGAGUGUGACCGCCGGCUUGGCUGCGGCUUCGUCUUCUGCAGACUCUGCAGGGAGUACCAUGAGGGUCCGUGUCAGGCAGUGACAGCCCCGCCCACAGGGGAAGCAGCACAGGGCUUCGUGGUCGGGGAGGAGGCGUCGCUCAGGGGGAGAUGGGAGCGAGCGUCUCUGCUCGUCAUCGCCGAGUUGACCCGGCGCUGCCCAACGUGUUCAGUUCCCGUGGAGAGAAACGGUGGCUGUAUGCACAUGCACUGCCCGCUGUGCAAGGCCGAGUGGUGCUGGCUCUGUGGAGUCCCCUGGAACAGAGAGUGUAUGGGAAACCACUGGUUCGGUUAAGUGGGUCACAUGACUGCUUGCGGUCACAGAAAAGACUGAUUGCUUUAACAUGUUCUUCCUUUUUGUUGAAGCCCUUUCACAAUAAAAGUCAAAUGAAGUUUUACUCUGACUGAAGUCACAGACUCGGAUCGAUCUGUUUGAUCAGCCAGGCAACAAAAGGUGUGUCUGUAUGACUAUAUUCCUGUUUGGUGUACAGCAGGUAUGUUCACAGGUUGUAUUCAUCAGGAGGCCAGCUGUGUUUGAAUAAACAUGAAUCCAACAGUGGGAAAAAUGUUAAUUUCA